GAUUUUGCGAAUAAUGAGAAAACGUGGUUUCCUGUUAAAUCAUAUGCCAUUCAUCCAUCAUUCGGAAAUAGAACAUUUGUCAACAUGCGUGUUACAUACUACUAUCAUGAUAUUGCUGUCAUAACGAUUGGAAAGUCUUCCGUCUUCAGUAAUCAUAUUGCUCCAGUGUUGUUCAAUUUCGAUGAAGACCAGCUAGAAGAUGAAAUUUUUCAUCGUUAUGGUCCCUAUCAAAUAGUCGGAUGGAACUCCCACUUAGUGAAUGGCUCGCCAGUAUUGCAUUUGGGAUCGCAGAAUAUCACCUUUUUUUCGCAUCCUACAUAUGCUAAUAUAUACAUUUUUAUGCCCGCUAGUGAGCUGUUCACUAUAGAUUGGUCGAGCAACGCCAUUACAGGCAUGGAAAACAGUGGUACGCCCAUUCUUUCUGAUGGAGAAGUGAUCACUAUUGUAACAGGCAGUAAUCGUCCACCGAAGGGCCAUAAUUGGACCAUGAUUCUCAAAAUAUGGAAAUACAGGAAUUUCAUUCAAAAGACUGUGAAUGAAAAUCAUUGAUACUAUUUCUGUAUCUGUCCUUACGCGGAGAGAAAUAUUCGAGAAAAAUUACUGUUGAUAAGAGUUAUCAAAGACAGCCUGGUUAUCUACCGUGGAUUCUACUAUCGCCUAUAUAUUGUAAUUAGUAAAUCGUAAUCUCGCCACCGUGAGUGUCAAUGUUACUGAUCGAUUAUAAUGGCGAACGAGUGAACACGUAUAAAUUCAGUGCUCGAAGUAUAUUUAUAUUUAUUGUUGCAAUCCGUAAUAUAUGCAUUAUUUAU